AAUACGUCUGUGCACCACAAAGGAUAAAAGAAGGCUGAUAUGGACUUCAGACUUUGAAGCCUAAAUUAGCAUAAAGUUCAUGAUGACUCUCCGUUGCAGUUUCAGCACCUUAAUUCUCCUGGGCGUCCUGCAGGGGGCAGCAGUGGUACUGUUUUAUGACUGGUACACCAGGAUCAGCCCCCGUCACUCUCCUCCCCCUGAAGGCCGCAAGGUUCACGUUUUGCUACUGUCGUCAUGGAGAUCUGGUUCGUCCUUCCUGGGUCAGGCGUUCAAUCAGCACCCGUCUGUUUUCUACCUCAUGGAGCCCGCGUGGCACGUUUGGACUGGAAAUCAUAAAUCCGGUGCAAAGAGUCUCCGAGUGCCUGUGAGGGAAAUGCUGUGGGGUUUAUACAAGUGCGACUUCUCACUGAUCAGAGACUACCUGCCAGGAAACCCUCGUCUGUCCUCCCUUUUCAUGUGGACCCGGAGUCAGGCGCUGUGCUCGCCGCCGGCCUGUCCUGUCAGAUCAGCCAAUGAGAGUCAGUGCAACCAAGAGUGUCACUCUGCAAGCCUGGACAAAGCGCAGGACGCCUGCGCUACGUACACUCAUGUGGUUCUAAAAGAAACUCGCUUCUUUGAGAUGGAGUCCCUUCAUCCCCUUCUGCAGGACCCCAACCUGGACCUCCGAGUGGUUCAUCUGGUCCGGGACCCUCGGGCGGUGCUGCGGUCCAGGGAGGAGUCGGCCUACCUUCUCGACAGAGAUAGCGUUAUAGUUCUGGAGCACAGAAACGUGUCUGCGGCCGACAGGCAAUAUGAAGUCAUACGAGAAAUCUGCCGCAGUCACCUGGACAUUUAUGAGAGGGGGGUCUUCGGCCCGCCUCCGUUUCUGGAGGGUCGCUACAAACUGGUUCGCUACGAAGACGUGGCACGAAACCCACUAACAGAGUUGAAUAGUAUUUAUGGGUUUGCAGGCUUAAAGAUGACCUCUGAGGUGGAGGAAUGGAUCCAAAAGAUGACGCAUGGACGGGGUAAAGGCGGCGGGAACGUAGCUUUUAAAAUCACCUCCAGGAACGCAGCUGAAGUGUCACAGGCUUGGCGCACCGUGCUGCAGCACAGCAAGGUCCAGCGCAUUCAGGAGCUGUGCAAAGGCGCCAUGUUGCUGCUCGGCUACAGGACGGUGGACAGCGAACAAGAACAGAAGAGACUCGAUAUCGACCUGUUAGACCCUGACCAUCCAUAAAGAGUUCAGCUUCCAAGUUAGACCAAAAAAAGUAGCGGUGCAGCGAUUUAUUGGUGCCGAUUCCCUUAAUUUUGCAUGUUUGGAUUAUUGGUUUUCUAAUUAAUUAUAUCCGUGUAGAAAUAUAAAUCACAUUAUAAACAAAAAUAGUGAAGUCAAGAAGACUAAUAACUUACUUGCAGCUUUGGUUUCUAUCCUGCUUUGAACCGGGACACACAAUGGCUUCAAAUUGAUAUUUUAAAUACAGCAGCUGCUCUGUGUGGAAAUUGGUAAUUAGAUAAUUUACAUUCUGGCGCCACCUGCUGGUAAAAUUAGUUUUCCAAAGUGAGACCCUAGAGCUGUUUUGCAUGCUUAGUUUGUAGGUGUGCAGGUAAAAAGAAAUGUACAAUUUGUUUCUGUAUUUCUUUUAUUUAUUUAUAUUCUUUUGGACCCUCAUGAUGAUUUUGGCCCAAGUGACAAAAAGUUUGGAAACCAGACCCACAUACAAAUCCACAAUUAUUGUAAUGAUGGUUAAUAACAAGCAUAGUAAAAAUAAUAAUCACAACUAGCUACUAUUACAGUAGCACCUGUGAGUGAAGAAUGGCCAAAAAUGACUAAUAAUGAUGUUUUAAAAAUAUCAUGCUAUUAGUAACUUGAUGUUUGACAUUAUGAACAAAAUAUGUCUUAAAAAAUAUCCAUCAAAAAUAAAUCUACCAAUGACAUAAACA